ACAUUCCAGGAGGACAGUAUCAUCUCUGGUUAUCGGCACCCUCGUAGUUCAGCCACAGACUGUGUCCUCAGUCUCUUCCAGCUCACCAAUGAAACCCUCAAUGUCUGGACACAUUUUCUACCAACCUGUAACAAUGCAGGUGAUGGCAGAUUAAACAUUUGAAUAAGAUAUACCCAGGACUGGACUGUAAUCUGGCAUUCCGGGCAUUUUCCUGGUGGGCCAACACACUUUGGGGCCGAUCAGGGGCGGACUGGCCAUCGGGAGAACCGAGCGGGUCGAUGGGUCGGCAGCGAAACGGGCUGAAUGGGCCAUGAUAAACUACAAAAUCCCGGGCCGAUAUCUCUUCCUAGUCCAGCUCUGAAUAUACCUAACCACGCUCUGUCGUUCUAUAUUUUUUUUCUACAGUUAAUUUGCUUAAAUAACAAAUCUAUUAUGUAGUAACUUCUUCAUAAAAGCUAUCUGUCCUCUAGCCUCUCUGUUUAAAAUAGAGGGGAACCCCAUUUAUAAAUACUACAUUACCAGUCAAAAAGAAUGAAAAGUGCUGAGCUCUGAUAAUACACCUUUGAGAGGAAAUGGAUUUCGGUCUGUUAGAUGUUCUCCGUGUUAUAUUCUUGUGAAUAAUAUUUAUUCUACCAACAGAAUAUUGGUGGAAUAUAUAAUAUUCAUGGAAUUAUUAUUUCAUAAUAUACAUUGUUUGUUGUGAGUUCCAGUCUUGCAGUGCUGUGUUUCAUUAUUGUCAUCAUCACAUCUCUCUCGCUCUCACUCUCUCUCUCUAUCAGGUAUUUUCUAUGGAAGUUGAUGACUGUGUUGUUGAUGAAGGAUGUGUGGUAUGAUGAGUAUACAUGGCCUCUGCUGGUCUAUCUGUUCUCCUGCUGCAUGUACCCACUGGCCUCCAGCUGUGCCCAUACCUUCAGCACCAUGUCUACCCGUGCUCACCAUAUCUGCUACUUCUUUGACUAUGGAGCACUCAGUCUGUACAGCCUUGGUUCAGGGAUCAGCUAUUCUGCAUAUGUUAUACCUGAUGCAUGGGUCAACAGCCAUUUUCACACAUGCUACAUUACUGUAGCUGUAUAUAACACCAUCCUCUCAACCAGCCUAGCCUGCUACUCAAGGCUUGGCUUACCAUUCAUUCACUAUAACCAUGACAUAGAUGAAAGAUUUUCUGAAAGACAGAGCCCAAAGCUGAGUAAGGUUUUGCGAAUUCUUGCCUUUGCCUACCCAUACUUGUUUGAUAACAUUCCUCUUUUCUACAGGUUAUUUCUGUGUGAAGGUGAGGGUUGCACUGAUAAUGAGGCAAACUCCAUUCAUGUUCAACACACAUUGCUCGCAUUUCUAACUGGAUUCUUGUUUGCAACGCACCUACCUGAGAGACUGGCACCAGGACGGUUUGACUAUAUAGGUCACAGCCAUCAGCUGUUCCACGUAUGUGGGAUCAUUGGGACACACUUCCAGAUGAAGGCCAUUGAAACUGACAUGGUGCUGAGAAGAUCACAGCUUCUUGUCAGUGCCCCAGCUAUCACCUUUAACAACACACUGGGGGCUGCCCUAGUCUGUGUCUGCAUCAGUCUAGGAAACAUAUGCAUUUAUAGUCUACCUCUGCUCUACGGCACCCCACUCAGAAACACAGCUAACAAAGACGCUUGUACUGAUGGAAAGAAAUGCAAGGACUAAGAGCUCCCAGAGACAUGGGGGUCUGAGAAAGAUAGAUUGCAGUCUUGCACAAAUAUUAAAAUGACCAAAGUUAUUAUGGAAAUAUAUCUAGGCAAGGUCGUUGUGUCCGGGGGGUGGGGGAGGGGUAACCCCCAUAAUCAAACCAAGCAAGUACAACCCCCCCAAUAUUUAUACCAUGAUCAAUGGAAAUAAAUAUAAUGCCCUAGAUAUGCCCUUGCAUCUAGGAAUUGUUUAGUUUUUUUGGAUAUUACAUUAUAAAAAUCCCCAAGAGGGGGUUGUAAGUUUACUGAAGCUAUGCACGCGGAGAUGGCUAAGAAGAAUGAGUGAGUAAUUGCAUUAAUACAUCUCAGGGGAGUGCGCGGAAAGGCACCGUUCAUUUCGCGACAUUAUAAGUCAGUGGGAGGGUGUUAAAUACGGCUCCAUUUCUGUUAUGAUGUUUUGACAAACACUACACAAGCUCACAGCACUGACCUCAGCAAAUCACUAACAAUAUUAAACCAUUGUGUAAAUAUCUGUACAAUAUUUGUUGUGUGCACAGAAUGGCAAAGUCCACAGUGAUGAUCAUGAUUUAUACUACACAUUUCCUCUGUAAAACUGUAAAAUAGCACAACACUUAAUGAUGUAUAAAAAAAAAUAUUUUGUGUGUGGAGGGAUUAUAAUUUUUUCAACACAUCCGUUGACAGCGAUUGGUCAAGCAACCAAUUAUUUAUUUUUUCUGGGAUUCUUUCGUUAAUAAUAAUAAUAAGAAGAAGAAUAAAAAUUUUUUUUAAAUGUAUAUUUUUUUGUAUUAUUUCUUUUUGAGACCUAAAUAUAGCUUCUUACUGUAAUAAAAAGAGAGGUCCUGA